AUGGGCCACGAGCCCAUCAACCGCAACUAAUCGCUCCUCACGAUCCGGUGCGGUGGCUGCUGCCGGCGCCGUCCGUCCCGCAAGGCCAUCGCCACUGACUCCACGACGCUCUCCCCGCACCGCGCCACCGCCGCGCACUCGCCCAAAGAGACGAUGCGGCACCUCCUCCUGUCCCGCCUCCUCCGCCGCAGCCCAGCCUCCCACCACCUCCCCCUCCUCCGCGCCCUCUCCUCGGGCCCGGUCUCCUCCGACGCCGACCUCCGCAAGUACGCCGGCUACGCAAUCCUCUUCCUCGGCUGCGGCGCCGCCACCUACUACUCCUUUCCCUUCCCCUCGGACGCGCUCCACAAGAAGGCCGUCCCCUUCAAGUACGCGCCGCUCCCCGAGGACCUCCACGCCGUCUCCAACUGGAGCGCCACCCACGAGGUCCACACCCGCGUCCUCCUCCAGCCCGACUCCCUCCCGGCCCUCGAGGACGCCCUCGCCACCGCCCAGAAGGAGCGUCGCAAGCUACGGCCCCUCGGCUCGGGGCUGUCCCCCAAUGGGCUCGCGCUCUCCCGGGCCGGCAUGGUGAAUCUCGCGCUCAUGGACAAGGUGCUUGAUGUUGACGUGAAGAGGAAGACCGUCACGGUGCAGGCGGGCAUUCGGAUUGCAGAACUUGUUGACGCGCUCCGGGAACAUGGCCUCACGCUGCAGAACUUUGCGUCCAUCAGGGAGCAGCAGGUCGGAGGCAUCAUUCAGGUUGGUGCCCAUGGCACUGGUGCAAGAUUGCCUCCAAUCGACGAGCAAGUCAUUAGCAUGAAACUUGUUACCCCUGCCAAGGGGACAAUAGAGUUAUCAAGGGAAAAGGAUCCUGAGUUAUUUUAUCUUGCUCGUUGUGGACUUGGUGGCCUAGGAGUCGUCGCAGAAGUUACUCUUCAAUGUGUAGAAAGACACCAGCUUGUUGAACAUACAUUCGUUUCCAAUGCAGAUGAAAUCAAGAAAAACCACAAGAAAUGGCUCUCUGAAAAUAAACAUAUUAAGUACCUGUGGAUUCCAUAUACUGACACAGUUGUUGUUGUCCAAUGCAAUCCUCCUUCAAAGUGGAAAACUCCAAAGUUGACAUCAAACUAUGGAAAGGAUGAAGCUUUACAGCAUGUUCGUGUCCUUUAUCGUGAGUCGCUGAAGAAAUAUAGAACUGAAGCAGAAAGUAAUGAUCCAGAAAUAGAUGCACUUUCAUUUACUGAGUUGAGGGAUAAGCUACUUGCCCUUGAUCCUCUGGAUAAAGAUCAUGUUACCAGAAUUAACAAAGCGGAAGCAGAGUUUUGGAAGAAGUCUGAAGGCUAUCGCAUGGGUUGGAGUGAUGAAAUACUUGGGUUUGAUUGUGGUGGGCAGCAGUGGGUUUCUGAAACCUGCUUCCCUGCAGGAACCCUAGCAAAGCCAAGUAUGAAGGAUCUGGAUUAUAUAGAGGAGCUGCUGCAGUUGAUUGAAAAGGAAGAUAUACCCGCACCUGCACCUAUUGAGCAGCGUUGGACUGCCCGCAGCAAGAGUCCCAUGAGCCCAGCAUCAAGCUCUGAAGAAGAUGAUAUAUUUUCAUGGGUUGGUAUUAUAAUGUACUUGCCAACAGCAGAUGCUCGUCAAAGGAAGGAAAUUACAGAGGAGUUCUUCAAUUACAGGAGUCUGGUGCAAACAAGUCUCUGGGAUGAUUAUUCUGCAUACGAGCACUGGGCUAAAAUUGAGGUUCCAAAGGACAAGAACGAACUUGCUGAACUCCAAACCAGGUUGAGGAAACGAUUCCCUGUAGAUGCGUAUAACAGGGCACGCAUGGAGCUGGACCCCAACAAGGUUCUCUCAAAUGCAAAGCUAGAGAAGCUGUUCCCAGUGUUGGAACCUGUUCAACAGGCCAAGUAAGGGUGCGCUGACCAGCAGAUCCAUGGACAUGCUGAAGACACAGAACUUGCCAUUGUGUUUGGUUCUUUUUUUUUCUCCGGGGGGGGGGGGGGGGGGAG